AAUUCCACUUUCCUUCUUCACUUCCAGAUAUCGUUCUCCGUCUCCGGUGGCCGUCGCCGCCGCCGUGGCUAAGGGAACAAUGCAGAGGGAUUUAUCUUCCGAUGAGGAAGACGACCGCCACAAUCUUGUCGAGCAGAACGAAAGGAAGCCCCCUACUCCUCCCUCCUUCCAAGUCGAACACCUCACCUCCAAGUUGAAGUUGAAGUUGAAGUUCCAAAAGAAGUACCUCUUUGCCAUUCUUCCGCUCUUCAUAAUCCUCCUCUAUUACGUCACCCCCGAUUCCCACUCUCUCUUCUCCGCCUCCUCUCUCAACGUCGAUGAUCACACCAACGAAUCCCUAUUGCGCGCCCUUUACCUCCUCCGCCAACAGCAAUUAGGGCUUCUCCGCGCUUGGAACUCCACCAUUCCUUCCAAUUCCACCUCCCAAACGCAGGAUCUGAAUCCUCUGGAGGAUCUUAAAUCCCUUCUCUUCAAGCAGAUUUCCCUCAACUCACAGAUUCAACAGCUUCUGCUCAAUCCCCACGGCACUGCAAACUCGGUCGAUUUUUGGAAUGCUACUCAGGGUUACGAUAGGUGUAGAACAGUGGAUCAGAAAUUGUCGCAGAGAAGAACCAUUGAAUGGAAGCCCAAAGCUAACAAAUAUUUGCUAGCGGUGUGCGUUUCGGGGCAGAUGUCUAACCACCUCAUUUGCUUGGAGAAGCACAUGUUCUUCGCGGCUCUCCUAAACCGCGUUUUGGUUAUUCCCAGUCCCAAAGUGGAUUAUCAGUAUGAUAGAGUGUUGGAUAUUGAUCACAUCAAUAAAUGCAUCGGAAGAAAGGUAGUGAUCCCCUUCGAAGAAUUUUCUACCAUAAGGAAGAAUCGCAUGCACGUGGAUAAGUUCCUGUGUUAUUUUUCAUUGCCUCAGCCCUGUUACCUAGAUGAUGAGCGCUUGAGGAAGUUGAAGGCGUUGGGUUUGUCGAUGCGUAAACCCGAGGGUGUUUGGGAUGAGGAUACUAGGAAACCCAAAAAGAGGACUGUUCAGGAUGUUCUGUCAAAGUUUUCACAUGAAGAUGAUGUUAUGGGAAUUGGGGAUGUUUUCUAUGCUGAGGUGGAACAAGAGUGGGUGAUGCAACCAGGUGGUCCACUUGCUCACCAAUGCAAAACUCUCAUUGAACCCAGCCGUCUUAUUUUGCUCACUGCUCAGCGUUUCAUUCAAACCUUCCUGGGGAGGAACUUCAUUGCCUUACAUUUUCGAAGACACGGAUUCUUGAAGUUCUGUAAUGUCAAAAAACCAAGUUGCUUUUAUCCCAUUCCUCAGGCAGCAGAUUGUAUCUUGCGUGUGGUGGAACGAGCCGAUGCACCCGUCAUUUAUCUCUCAACAGAUGCGGCAGAAAGUGAAACUGGUCUGCUUCAAUCUUUGGUUGUGCUGAAUGGCAGGCCAGUACCACUUGUUAAACGCCCAGCUCGUAAUUCAGCAGAAAAAUGGGAUGCUUUGUUAUACAGGCAUCAUAUUGAGGGAGACUCCCAGGUGGAAGCUAUGCUGGACAAGACUAUAUGUGCCAUGUCCAGUGUGUUCAUUGGAGCCUCCGGUUCAACUUUCACUGAAGACAUCCUGCGGCUAAGGAAGGACUGGGGAUCAGCAUCACUGUGCGAUGAGUACCUAUGCCAAGGUGAGGAGCCAAAUGUGGUGGCGGAAAAUGAAUGAAGAUAACUGCUGCGACUUUCGUGUAUGCCAUGAGGCAGAGGGCACAGUCGUCUUCGUCCUGGAAAGAUUUAAGUGCGAUUUGUGAAUAAUACUGUGGUGUAUGAUUAUAGAAUUAGUGAUUGGCUCAUAACUUUUUCUUGUUAUAUAUAUAUUCUAUCACAAUAAGUAUAGUUUGUAUGCUCCACGGGUUUGUCCUGAAUUUGUUCACAAUAAGUAUAGCUCUUCUACGGACCAUCCCUCCCUAA